CUGCGGUCGACGUUGACCAGCUCGAGCAGCCAGGCGCAGAGCCAGAUAUAUAUAACGAGAUGAGUCCCCGCCCACUCCAUGCGUCUCCUCACAAACUCUAUCCUCAUCCUCGCCACCCUCCGUAAUCCAGCUCGCCCACCUUCCUCUCUACCACCACCAGCGCAUCUCUUUAGCACGUCCUACGCAGCCAUGUCCGCACCCCAGCCCGCCACCGCCGUCUCCUCCGAGUGGCUGCAGGAGAAGCUCCAGACUCUCAUGAACUCGCCCUACAUCCACUUCAACCAGCCCAAGCUCCCCGGCCUCCGCAUGGGCCAUGGCCCCGUCGACCUCUUCAGCACCCGCUUCAACAACUGGUUCACCAGCGACGCCACCGGCGUCGUCGCAGGGAACGAGGUCGACAAGGAUGGCCUCAAGCAAGCGCUGCUUGCACUGCAGAAGAAGUGGAACAAUGACAGCGCGACGUUCACGCCGUCCGCCGGUGCGCAAGAGGGUUUGCUCGCCACACGCGUUGAGUUUACUCCGGCUGGGGCAGAGCAGGCUGCGGACGUCACAGCCUCAGCUUCCGUUCGUCAGGAGGGAGGCUCAGAGCGUAUCAGCACGCUUAGCCUCGGCGGCGACGCCAGCCUCUUCGCUCAGUAAACGAGGCGUCUUGCGUUGACUCGCGUCGCACCUUCGCCCCAGCGUAUCUGCCUAUGCUCUCGCUUCCGUAAUGCUGUCCAUAACAUGCUCUCCCACCCUUGUACCGUACUGACACCCUUGUAUCAAUAUUGAACCCUGCAUUGCCAGGAUGAUGCCAAGACGACAUGUACGGCACAACGCCCUCUCAAAGUUUUUGACAUGUUGCUCUGCGAACACACGUCAGUUCAUGGGUACAGCGAUAUCCUGCCCACACCCAACCUCUACCACUUGGCAAAAUCGGUCGCCAGUCGCGCGCUCGCGUCCCCGACCGCUAAACGUUGCAGUCCCUGGUACCGUGACGACACUUCCGCUUCAUUUCAGAGCAACGGCAUAGCGUAUCUUCACCUGGCUGCCUCGUGGUAUGUGCC